UGCAUAUCAUUUCUGUUCAUUUAAAGGGUAUCAUUACACAGUCAGCAAAAUCUUAUGACAGUAUCCAACCUUGGUGUUAUCUUUGGACCAACUCUGAUGAGAGCCCAAGAAGAAACCGUGGCUGCUAUGAUGAACAUUAAGUUUCAGAAUAUCGUCGUUGAAAUUCUGAUAGAGCAUUACGAAAAGAUAUUUCACACUGCACCAGACCCCAAUAUUCCUCUUCCCCAACCUCAGUCCCGUUCAAGCUCAAGAAGGACAAGAGCAAUUUGUCUCUCCACAGGUCCACGUAAACCCAAAGGAAGGUACACACCAUGUCUAGCAGAUCCUGACAGUGACUCGUACAGCAGCAGCCCAGAUAGCACUCCCAUGGGGAGCAUUGAAUCUCUCUCUUCUCACUCCUCCGAGCAGAACAGCACCACCAAAUGUGCACCCCCACAGCCCAGGGAGAAAUCAGGAGGGAUUCCAUGGAUUGCCUCUCCCCCUUCUUCUAAUGGCCAGAAGAGUUCAGGCCUCUGGACUACAAGUCCAGAAUCCUCAUCAAAGGAGGAUGCAACAAAAACAGAUGUGGAAUCAGACUGCCAAAGUGUAGCUUCUGUCACUGGACCAGAGAAUGCCUCUCCACCAACAGAUCUGACCAAGAAGAGUUCUUACAGUCUAUCCGAGCUGAAAAGAUCUUCAGGUUCUUCGCUCAGAUCAAUUCCAUCAGCUGAAGGUAAUUUCCAAGGUCUUUUAGGACAUCAUUGUGUUUACUGUGAGGUAUCAGAAAACAUGAGGUGCAUCUGA